CUCAACUUAGUCCGCAACUUCAUCCUCCUGCCUGGCGUCGCUCCGCGCUGUCAGACCUUUUACCUGCCACACCGGGCUCGCCGGGAACAAUUCGGUUUGGGCCAUUAAAGAGUGUUUUUCUUUCUCUCUUUCUUUCUUUCUUUUUUUCUUUUGUUUUGGUGUGGAGAAACCUGGGGGGAACUGUCUUCAGCAGGACCGGCGGACUACGCAGAAUAACCUCCAUGCUGAGCCGCUCGCAGGCUUCAAAAAAAUUAGAAAUGAUCUGCUCCUUUACUAAAAAAACAGACUGCAGAAGGCCACUUGAUGAGGACAACUUGUUUGGAUUUGUGACCGAUGCUUACUUGAAGUGCUGUGCUCGUGGCUGAUCUGGGAUGAGCCUGAUGGGCUUUAGGGCACAGGGCUCUGCCAAUGCUCGGAAGAUGAAAUGUCCCUGCUCUUUCCGCUGCUUCCUGCUGCUGCUGGGAGCCGGAUCAUUGCUGCUGUUGGUCCACCUGCAGAACCUCACUGAGACCAUGUUGCUGCAGACGUCAGGUGGUCAGGUGCCGGUGGCUCCCAGGUGGCCCCCAGAGAAGGGCGCUGCAGAGCAGAGGGAGGAUGUUGUCCAUGUCUUUUCACCUGAGCUCAUCCUGCAACCGCCAUCCGUCCCGCCAGUGUCUGACUCAUUGUUCAGCAGCAAGCAACCUGUCUCCAAACGCCACAGGAAGCUGUUGCUGAAGAGCAACAGUGCAGCUUCCAGCACCUCCGAUGGAGGAGAAGAGGUCCUGCAGCAGCUGAGGCUGGCAAGGAAGCAGGAGUCUCGGCGCCGCUUGUUGACGGACAUUUGCGUCAAAUACCAGCAGGGCAUGGCAGAGCAGCUGGUAUCGCAGCGGCAGGUGUCCCGGGUUUAUGUGGAGGAUGGGUCCAGACUGUUGUACUGCGAGGUGCCCAAAGCCGGAUGUUCUAAUUGGAAGCGGGUGCUGAUGGUGCUGGAUGGCAGUGCCAACUCCACACAGGACAUUCCUCAUGACACGGCACAUUAUAGCAACCACCUGCGGCGGCUGGACAGCUACAACAACACUGGCAUUGCAGAGAGACUGCGCUCCUACACCAAGGUGCUGUUUGUUAGGGAGCCCUUCGAGCGGCUGGUGUCAGCCUUUCGGGACAAGUUUGAGAGUCCAAACUCUUAUUACCAUCCUGUGUUCGGGCGGCCCAUCAUCUCCAGGUAUCGAGCCAAUGCAACACGGCAUGCACUGCGCACUGGCACAGGCGUCACCUUCAGAGAGUUUGUCCAGUACCUGUUGGACGUGCGGCGACCGGUGGGGAUGGAUAUCCACUGGGAGCCCGUCAGCCAGCUGUGCAGCCCCUGCCUCCUGCAGUACAACUUUAUUGGAAAGUUCGAGAGCCUGGAAGAGGAUGCUAAUUUCCUGCUGCAGAGCAUCGGGGCACCAGCCAACCUCACCUUCCCCGACUUCAAAGACCGAAAUCCACAUGCAGAGAGGACUUCAUCUGCCAUUACGCAGAAAUACUUUUCCCAGCUGAACGCUACAGAGAGACAGAAGGCCUAUGACUUCUACUACAUGGACUACGUGAUGUUUAACUACCCCAAACCCUUUACAGAUCUGCACUGACAUGCCUUCACGUUCCCAGGUGACAGGUGUAGCUCCAUCCCUGGAAUUCACUAAGGAUGAUGAACAUGGAGAAAAAGCUGCCUUCUGCUGCACGUCACUGGAGGAACAGAAUGUUUGGUUUUAAUGUGCACUGAAGUUGUUUUAAAUGUGUCGAUAAUCAGAUUUUCAAGUUAAAAUAGAACAGAAAGUUAAUGUUUCAUCAAAGUAUUUGAAUUGAACCAACUGCAAGGACAGGGAACACUGAGAAGGUUAUGGGCAGGAUGCAGAAUGGGAGCCCCAGAGAUAAACCAUAAAGGUGAUGAAAGAGAACCAACAUGGUCGUUUUAGAUCAACUGAUCAGUCCAGAUGAUCUGCUCCCUGAGCUUCUUGUCUGCCAGGACGGAUAUACUCUCCUGAGGAAGUGAGUUAACACUUUUCAGGUCAUUUUUAAUAAAUGUAACUGCUCUUUGAAAACUCAAACUUGCAGCUGCAUCAACUUCUAUGAAGUUCACUUGAUUUCUCUCAGACUGCAUCCACAUUUUGAACUGAUUUUUCAGGUAGCAAACCUGAGCAGCACCAGAAGAAACCAACAGGAAAUAUGUUUAAAACAUGGCCAUAAUGUGGAUGCAGUCUGUUUUUCAUCUAAUUACCACAACGUUUGUGUGUUUUUCUCUGUGCGUGCAUGCGUGCGUGCGUGCAAUCUGGUUCUAAUGGUUCAGUUGAAUCUUUUCUUAAGGCUUUAACACUGCCAUGUCACUUGAUGUGUGAUGUCAUUACAUGAGACGCAUAUUGUGAUUUUAUCUCAUUUAACCCUUAAAUUCCCAUCCUGUCACAGCCUGACCAUGUCUUCAAAACAACUACUCAGCCUCUCAAACAACAUUCUGUCACCAGAAUGUUUUUCCUCUUUUUUUUAAUGGGUGUCAGUGCUAUAAUUUCUGUGUGACGUUUGUUUUAGUAACAUUGCCUUAUAAUUGUUCAGAUUAUUAGUGACGCAGCCUAAUGGAGCUGCAGGUUCAGCUCUGAUACUGAAGAGGAAUUUGAUGACGAUGAUGAUGAUGAUGAUGAUGAUGAUGAUGAUGAUGAUGAUGAUGAUGAUGAUGAUGAUGAUGAUGAUGAUGAUGAUGAUGAGUUCUGCAGCAUCUAAAAACAGAACCAGAACAUGAAAAUGACAAAAGACAAUGAGAUUUCCCUUUAAGAAUGUUUGUUUUCCAUCGAUUUGAAUGCAGGAUGUGCCACAUCGCUCUGUGUGAGGACCUCUGCUUUUUUUACUGACCAUGUUUCCAUUCAGAAAUGUAUUAGCUAAAUUGAAAUAAAUGUAAUUUUAUAUGUAGAUCCAAAUUGGAUUUUUGUUGGAUUUAUGUGGUCCCCUCAGCUUUCUUGACCUGCUGACACAAAUGGGUAGUUUCCAGACAUAUUUGUACUUUUUGCAGUCAAAACACAGAAACUCCCUUUGAAACAUUCACCAGCAGAAAAGCAGGAGACUUUAGUUGUCCAAGAUCAGAACCACUUCAGGGGAAGUUGCAUUUGAAAGAUGAAAUCCAUCAGUCUAAACUGAAUCAUUCAUCCACAUGGCAGAAACAGAUUUUCAGUGUCUGAAGACAGAUUUAGAGGUUCACAAACGACAGACUUCAAUGGUUUAUGUUGGGACUAAUGUCAGGAAAAUAAAUCUUUGAGGGGCUAUAAGAGCUUUAAACCUGACAACCAUCUGCACGUCGCCAUGCUGCGACUUUUCACGGCAGGUGAAAGCCUUCCCUACUUCUGCAUUCAGUGGCAGCUGGGAAUUUUAAACUUGUCGAAAAAUGUCAAAAGAAAUCAGAGUUCCUCGCCAUAAACUCUAGUAAUAUUAGUGAUCAGUCAUACGGCAGCUGGCACAGAAUCGUCAAGUUCUUGUAGAUGUGAGAAAACAUCACAGUAUCUUCAACACAUCUGAGCUUGCCUGUCCUCUGGUCAGUAACUACAGGGUGUUUUUGUAACCACUGCCCCCUCUCCUCUUUGUUUCUUUUUUAGUUUGUAUAUCAAGAUCCAGUGAAUCCAGUGUAAGAUGCUGGUACAUGAUAAUAAUUUAUUCACUAACAUGGAUAACGUCAUUUUAAUCAAAUGAAACGCAUAGGAAAUUUUGUACAGGAUAAUAACACUGUUUUGAAUCAACAAAAAAUAAAAUCUCCCCUGAAACAGGUGGUCUGAGUUUUAGUUGGAGAGACAUAAAACUGUUGCAUACUGCACAGAAGCACAAAUAUAAAACAGUUUGUGUUGGUGCAGUUGCACAACUGCUCUCUCUUCUUCUGGUAUUAAUGGCAGCUGGAUCCAUGACACCAAUGUAAAGGAACAUGAAACCUGUCAGACAUGAACUCAGUUGAUGAACAGUUCACAUUCAUUGUGGUAUGUUGUGAUUUUAUCCGUAUUACUGUCUGAAGUCACGGUUAGUGUUGCAGCAUUAAUUGUAAAAACCUUAGUAAGGAGAAGGUGAAUUAAAGCUGCUAGCAUCGUUGGUUGGGCCGUUGCACCUAUGACCACGUUGCCAUCAAAGUCACCCAUUCAUCAUGAGGUUUUGGUAUAAAUGACCAAACAUUUACACACACAAGUGCGAUGACAAGUCUCUUGACAUGGAUUUCCACCAUUUCAUACCAAUAAUAAACUCAAUCAAAAGACUGUUUCCUGGCCCUGCAAUUGGCACUUUUUUUUCUUUCAGAGUGGAAAGGCACUGCUUCUCCUCACCUGCCAUAUGACCAAAACAUUUCUGACAUACUCGACGAAGUAGGAGAAAGGAGACUUCUAAUCUGACCGCGCAAUGAUUGACAGCACUCGAGAUCUGGCCAAUCAGAAGGGGGCUUGUGCAUGCAGGCUCUUGCAGAGCUACAGAAGGUGAUAUUUUAUCAUGUCAUUCAAAACACAUGGCGAAUCAGGAGCGAGCAAGAGAAAAAAAGGCAAAACAAUAGGAAACUCGUGCUUCACUUGAAGGUGGGUAUGUUGAAAUCAAACUUUUUGGCACAAACAUCUAAGCUGCAACUCAUUAGACAGGAAUAUCUGUCUCCAGUCUCUGUCUAGACUGGGAAAAAAAUAUUCCAGCGGCCCUAAUGAACAUUUAUUGAAUGUCUUGUUGAUGCCUUAUUGAAAAAGAGUGGUGAAAUUUUGUUGGGGAUUCAGGCGGUGGAAGUUGCUUUGUUUUGAUGAGUAAUUGAUGGCUAUUUGUGAAUUGGAUUUGUUUUGCUUUUUUUAUUUCAGCUUGAAGUGUUUUGUUAAAUUAUUCAUUGAUUUGUUAUAAAGUUGAGUUUUUUUUAUUUAAUAUUUAUUUAUUUCAGGUUGAAUAUUUUUAUCUAAUAUUUAGAGGGUUUGUCGCCUUCCCCUCAGGGCUGUUAGGAGGCAAAGGAGAGGGUUAAAUAAGACAGGGAAGAAGCUGUCAGACGGUUGUUGGUCUGACGUUGUGAAAGGCAGUUUAUGUUGCUGUUCUACUUCUUACCUGCAAGUCUCCUACUCUGUUACUGUGAUCUAUGACAGCUUAUCGUGUGUGUUUUUAUCAGGAUCAUUAGCUUACGUUAUUAUGACUCUUUUGUUGUAGUGCCUCUUCAAAGUCGCCAUUAAAAAUAUUCCAUUAGACAUGCGAGCAGUCUGUUUCUUCAAUAUGUAUUUAUUUAUUUUAU